CAUGUGACUAACAGAAAUGGAGUAAUGUGUCCCUGAACAAAGGGGGGGGGGGGUCAAAAUCAAAAGUAAGUAUAUCUGGAGGCCACCAACUGCAUUAAGUACUGCAGUGCAUCUUCUCAUGGACUGAACCAGAUUUGCCAGUUCUUACUGUGAGAUGUAACCCAACUCUUCCACCAAGGCACCUGCAAGUUUCUGGACAUUUCUAAAGUGAAUGGCCCUAGCCCUCACCCUCCGAUCCAACAGGUCCCAGACGUGCUCAAUAGGAUUGAGAUCCGGGCUCUUUGCUGGCCAUGGCAGAACACUGACAUUCCUGUCUUGUGGGAAAUCACCACAUGAGGGAGGAGGAUGUCUUCAAUGUAACGCACAGUGUUGAGAUUGCCUGCAAUGACAACAAGCUCAGUCCGAUGAUGCUGUGACACACCGCCGCAGAUCAUGACGGACCCUCCACCUCCAAAUCGAUCCCGCUCCAGAGUACAGGCCUUGGUGUAAUGCUCAUUCCUUCGGUGAUAAACGCGAAUCCGACCAUCACCCCUGGUGGGACAAAACUGCGUCUCGUCAGUGAAGAGCACUUUUUGCCAGUCCUGUCUGGUCCAGCGGCAGUGGGUUUGUGCUCAUAGGCGAUGUUGCUGGUGAUGUCUGGUGAGGACUUGCCUUACAACAGGCCUACAAGCCCUCAGCCCAGCCUCUCCUAGCCUAUUGCGGACAGUCUGAUCACUGAUGGAGGGAUUGUGCGUUCCUGGUGUAACUCGGGCAGUUGUUGUUGCCAUCCUGUACCUGUGCCGCAGGUGUGAUGUUCGGAUGUACCGAUCCUGUGCAGGUGUUGUUACUCGUGGUCUUCCACUGCGAGGAUGAUCAGCUGUCCGUCCCGUCUCCCUGUAGCGCUGUCUUAGGCAUCUCACAGUACGGACAUUGCAAUUUAUUACCCUGGCCACAUCUGCAGUCCUCAUGCCUCCUUGCAGCAUGCCUAAGGCACGUUCACGCAGAUGAGCAGGAACCUUGAGCAUCUUUCUUUAGGUGUUUUUCAGAGUCAGUAGAAAGGCCUCUUUAGUGUUCUAAGUUUUCAUAACUGUGACCUUAAUUGCCUACCGUCUAAGCUGUUAGUGUCUUAACGACCGUUCCACAGAUGCAUGUUCAUUAAUUGUUUAUGGUUAAUUGAACAAGCAUGGGAAACAGUGUUUAAACCCUUUACAAUGAAGAUCUGUGAAGUUAUUUGGAUUUUUACGAAUUAUCUUUAAAAGACAGGGUCCUGAAAAGGGGACGUUUAUUUUUUUGCUGAGUUUAUAUAAGCAGACCAGACGGCACCAUUUUCUUGUUUUGUUUAAUUUAUGGAUAUCCAACACUCGGAUGUUCAACAUAAUUUACAAACGAAGCAUGUGUUUAGUGAGUCCGCCAGAUUAGAGGCCGUAGGGAUGACAGGGAUGUUCUCUUGAUUAGUGUGUGAAUUAGUCCACUUUCCUGCAUGCUAAGCAUUCGAAAAGUAAUGAGUACUUUUGGGUGUCAGGGUAAAUGUAUGGAGUAAAAAGUAAAUUAAUUUUUUCUUUAGGAAUGUAGUGAAGUAAAAGUAAAAUUGUCAGAAAUAUAUAUACCAAAGUACAGAUACCCCCCCCCCCCCCAAAAAAAUACUUUGAAGUACUACUUAAGUACUUUACUCCACUGUUCAUUUGUGCCACAAGUCUAACAAAUGUUCCUAGGGAUUAGUGAUUUAAUAUUAGGAUAAAUAAUACAUGUGUUAUGUAAUGUGUAGGUGUUCAUGUCUGAAUACAACACAUUGUGAGAAUUUUGUCUGUAGGCUAUCAUAGGACAACUGACAUCAGUAACUAUUUAACCACAUACAAGAGACAGAUUUUUUUUACCCCCUCUUUGGUAAGAUUUUAUUGUAAUUUGUUUUUUUAUUGUUUUUAUUUCGUUACUUUCAACAAUUGCACAUGGACUACUCAUUCAUAUAUUUAUGUUAAAUCAAAAACAGUUUUUUUUCUUUGUGAAUAAAUACAUAGGAAAUACAUUUUUGAAGUCAAGUGGCAAGCUUCAUCAAUUUCACUGUCAUUUUAUGCACUUGGCAGAUGCUACCCUGUAUUACUAGUGCGCGCCAAGAGGAGGGGCGUGCGUUCCCUCAUUUUAGGAGUACUGCAUGUAGUCUAUGGUUCAACUUGUGCAUGGAAUUAAGAACUGUUUACAUUUUUUAAUAUACUUUUUUGAAUAGGGUAGGCUAUAUUAUUUGGGAAAAUUCAGGCUCAUGUAAUGCUGUAUUAGAAUCAAUAGGCUUAUCGGUGGAGUGAAAAAGUAGGUUUACAUGUUCAAGUCCGCGCGCCGUCAAGAGUUUGGCAAUGCAGUCAGAGACAAAUGAGAGAUUCGUGAUCUAUUUUCAUUAGCUCAAACAGAGAUCUGCAGCUGGUCUCAAUAAGGAUGACAUUGUCCAACCAUCAGACCUGGAGGUAACCCAAAGACAUCAGUGCUCCCUUCUCUCUGUGUCCCAGAUUGGAGAUGGUCCACUGGGCCACCCAGUGGUUGACAUGUGUCUGGCUCCAGACUGUCCUGGCUUCCGCGUUGGACACCUGUCCCUCCACAGCCCCUAGCCCUGUCAACUUCUCUGUGGCCUACACCAUGCCCUUCUUCCAAACAAAAAGCCCCAUCCAAAACAUAGUGACCAACUCAAUGUACCAGGAAGUAUAUGUUGCAUCUCAGAAUGUGGUCGAAGCUGUGAACAUGAGUUUGGAGAAGGUGUGGGAGCUUCCUACAGGCCCUGUGGGCAGCCCUGAGUGUAAGAUUUGCAAUUUGUGUGAUGUUGACAAGGAUCCCAACUUCCUAGAGAACACUGACAAUGAGGUAUUGUUGUUGGAUACGUUCUUUAUGUAUUUAUAUUCUUGUGGGAGUUCUCAAUAUGGUGUGUGCCAUUUCCACCAACUUAAGACAGAUGGACAAGCACCCAAUAAGAAUUCUUCAAAAUGUUUAUUCAGAAAAGAAUCUAACUCUGCUGCCUAUUGCCCUGACUGCCUUGCCAGCCCGCUGGGAACCAAAGUCACCAUGGUGGAGGAGGGCCAGACUGUAUACUUUUUUGUGGCUGCCACUGUCAACGACAGUGUUACACAGAGAUAUGGCAGGAAGUCCAUAUCAGUGCGCCGACCAUUGGCAACAGAAGAUGGGUUCUACAGCGACGUCCGGGGACUGACUGUUCUGCCUAGCCUGCGCCGGACCUACAACAUUGAGUAUGUCUACAGCUUCUUCACCCAGGAGUUUGUCUACUUCCUGUCUGUCCAGAGAGAGAGCCCUGACCAGGAGUUCUCCCCGUUUCAGACUCGGCUGGGCCGCCUGCCGAGGAGCGAGUGGGAGAUGAGAAGGUACCGGGAGGUGGUUCUGGAGUGCCGUUUCGAACCCAAGCGGAGGAGGAGGAACCCGGUGAGCGGGAGCGAGGCCUUUAAGGAUGUGGUUUACAAUGUGGUGCAGGCAGCCCACUUUGGAAAGGCAGGCAGGGAGCUGGCAGAUGAACUAGGGGCAGAGGAAGAGGAUGACAUCCUGUAUGGAGUGUUCGCUGUCACAGAUGACAACGGGGUCACAGAGCACGACUCAGCCCUCUGUGCCUUUCCCAUGGACAACGUGAACAAGGCUAUCGAUGACGGGGUGGAUGACUGCUGUAAGUCCGGCCCAGAGCAGCUGUCCCGGGGACUGUGCCACUUCCAGGCCUGCGAGAGCUGUCCUCAUGAGAGCAUGGAGAACAACGCCACCUGCAGGGACCACCCCAGCAUGGUGUCUAAGCCUUAUUACAGAGUGGACCUCUUCAACAAGCAGAUGAAUGAUGUCCUGCUCACCUCACUGCUGGUCACCACCAUUGAGAACAAGACCGUGGCACACAUUGGCACCUCCACUGGACGGCUCCUGCAGCUUGUUUUGAGAAGAUCAAGCCCUACUAUCUUUGCUAAUUACACCUUGGUAGAGAACCAGAGGGUCUCCUCCAUUGCUGCUGUGUACUCAUCAGAAUCUCUACUGUUUGUGGUUGGAGACAAGGUGAUCCAGGUACCUCAGAGGGGGCCAGGCUGCCAGCACUUCAUGACCUGUGCAAUGUGCCUGAUGGCUCCUGAGUUCAUGGGCUGUGGCUGGUGCUCUGGAGUGUGCUCUUGGAAGGAGGAGUGCAGUGGCCGCUGGAGGAAUAAGUCUUGCCCCCCUGGUAUCACCGGGUUCUUUCCCAAGAUGGCUCCCCCUGAUGGUCAGUCAGAGCUGACUCUGUGUGGCUGGGAGUUCCAGUCUCCCCUGAGGCCUGCCAUCAGCUCCAGAACCCACCUGGUCAGACUGGGACAAACAGCCUGUGCUGUGCUGCCACUGAAGAGCAACAACACACACCUGGUGUGUAAGAUUCGCUCUGGGGCCAUUGAGCUGUCCAAACCAGUUAACAUCACUGUAGAGGUGCAAGAGGGGAAGGUGGAGGGCCGCUACUCCAUCGACGGGAAAGCAGAGAUGCCAGGAUUUACCUUUGUGAUUCCCAACAUCACAGAGAUCCAGCCCAACUACGGGCCUCGUGUUGGGGGAACUUUGAUCACUGUGACUGGGCCUCACCUGGAUGCUGGGAAGACCAGAAGGGUCACUCUGAAUGGAGAGCCCUGCCCAAUCACCAGUGUCACAGCGCCCAGAGGGAACAUGUCCUCCAUCAUCUGUCUGUCUCAGCCCAUCUCGGAGGUGAGGGACGUCCCCCUCAGUGUGUUCAUAGACAAGUCCCCCGUCCUCACCACCAAGGUCUUCUACUACAAAGAGAACCCCGAGGUCACAGCCGUCCUCCCAGACUGCAGUUUUGACAGGGGGUCAAAGAUAAUCAUUGAGGGGAAGAACUUGGACUCUGUAUACAGGACCAUCAUCCGCUUUAGGCCCAAUGAGAGCCACCUGAAGCCUGUCACCAGAGAGUGCAAAGGCAAGUCGUUGCCCACACGGAUGGAGUGCAUUACCCCUGCUUUCCCCCGGGAAGAGACAGAGGAAGGGGAGCUCUCCUUUGAUAUGGAUGGAGCUGUUGGACUGUGGAAUGGAGUGUUCUCCUACCACCCCUAUGGCGAGCCAAUACCCUUUGAAACUGAGGGCCAUGUACUUAGGCUGUAUGCUGGACAAGAUGAAGUGUCACUACAUCACCAGAAACUGAAUCUUGUGAGUUCCUGCAUGACAAUCACUAUGACAGUGGGAGGAGUGGAUUGUGACGCGAAGGUUCUGGACAAUGAAAUCACCUGCAGGAUCCCUAGAAACGUAACCAUCAGUGGACUGCCUGUGAAGAUCUCCAUCAAUGGGCAGGUUCACAACGUUGGGACUGUGGUCCUGGUCAGUAACCACUACAUGGUGGGCAUCGUACUGGGGAUACUGGGGGCCCUGGUGGCGGGGGCCGUGCUGGCCUUCGUAGUCAUGAAGCACCUGAGGAAGCAGAAGAAAGCCUCUCAGGUGGAGACCCGUUUGGCCCAUAACCACAACCGCUCCGGCAGCAGUAGUGUGGAACUGUCACCUGUAGGGGACUACAGAAGAGUAGUCCUGCCUCAGAGGCCAAGUUCGGUUCUGGGAAGCCCAGUGGUAUUCCCCAGCUCGGCCUAUGCUGCAGGCAGCAUGGACCCCACCCUCAACCCCCUCAUGCCCCCUGAGAAGAUCUCCAUCUCCAGCUUUAGACCAGAGCUCCUGGAGGAGGUGAAGGACGUGCUGAUCCCAGCAGACAUGCUCAUCGUCCAGCACCACCAGAUCAUUGGCAAGGGUCAUUUUGGCACAGUUUACCAUGGCUACUUCACAGACCAUAACAACAGAGAAAUCCACUGUGCUGUCAAGUCAUUGAACAGGAUAACAGAUGUAGAAGAGGUAGAGCAGUUUCUGAAGGAGGGCAUCUUGAUGAAGGGUUUCCAUCACACCAACGUUCUCUCUCUGCUGGGCAUCCUGUUGCCUCAGGAGGGGCUCCCCCUGGUGGUACUACCUUAUAUGAAGCACGGGGACCUCCGCCACUUCAUACGCUGUGAGAAAAGGAACCCCACGGUGAAAGACCUGAUUGGCUUUGGGCUUCAGGUUGCCAAGGGGAUGGAGUACUUAGCACAUAUGAAGUUUGUGCACAGAGACCUCGCAGCACGCAACUGCAUGCUGGAUGAGUCGUACACAGUGAAGGUGGCAGACUUCGGCAUGGCCAGGGAUGUGUUCGAUAAGGAGUACUACAGUGUUCAGGACCACAGGAAGGCCAAGCUACCAGUCAAGUGGAUGGCCAUUGAGAGCCUACAGACACAGAAAUUCACUGCCAAGUCAGACGUAUGGUCCUUUGGGGUGUUGAUAUGGGAGAUGUUAACCAGAGGAGCAAGCCCCUACCCAGAGGUGGACCCCUAUGACAUCACACAUUACCUGCUGAAAGGCAGGAGACUCCCCCAACCACAGUUCUGUUCUGACCCUUUGUAUGCCAUCAUGCUGCAGUGCUGGGACCCAGACCCAGAGAUGAGACCCAGCUUCGCAACGCUGGUGUCUGCUGUCCUGACCAUCCUGUCUGGCCUUGAGGGGGAGCACUACAUCAGCCUCAAGGUCACCUACGUCAAUCUGGACCAGCCACGCCCCUACCCUGCCCUCACAGAGUCCGCAGACGAGUGUGAUUCCUCAGACACUGAAGACACACGCUCAAUGUCCUCCUGAUGUCACAUCAGGACAGGUACAUGUAGUACAGUAUGGCUUGGUGCUAUGAGCACAAGGGGCUCAGUUAGAAAGUCAAACUAAAGGUCGUCGGUUAUCCUGGAGAAAAUGACUUGUCUUUUACUACCUAGUGUUCUAAGUGUAGGGACUUGAAUGGACCUCCCCCAUUCACAUUAUAGUAUAAUACCUGGCAAAGCUUUUUGUAAAUAAGAAUGGAUGUAAUGUCUAUAUGUUUUCUCUUAAUUUUCUUGAGAUGUAGUAAUUAUACUGUAUAUUUUGGAUCAUACUUUUACCAAACAAAAUGUACCCUACUGUUUUAACAGUGAUCUGUCAUUAUUCUGUUACUUUUAUUUCAUGCACAAUGUGUUUUAGAUAGUGUAAUAAAUUAACAUAUUUAUUUGUUUAUAUACUCUUGUUCCUGUGAGAUUUGAGUAAAAUGUCUCAUUUAUGUAAAAUUCCAAUAUGAUAAGAUAUUCAUUUAUGUAAUUUAAGUUUUAACAUUUUCUACAUUAGCUUCUUCCCAUGUGGUUGUUUCACCCAUUGUCACUCUACACUUACAGUAGAUCAGAGACAACUGACACUUGUGUAAACUGUCACUGGUAAAUAUGCAGCUGGGAUAUGCAAAAAACACAUUUCCAAUUCACACGUGUGUAAAUAAACGUGUACAUAUGUACACCCCCCAAAUUA